UUAAACUGAACUCUAGCUGAGAAGGAAGGAUGGCCAUGAUGAGUUCUGGAGGUGCCUUCUUCCUGGGCUUCAUAGUGAGCACCUGCACUUUUUACUUGUUCCCGAUGGAGGCGCCCCUUUACAAGAACUUACACAAGUUGGACAUGCUGGUUCCCUCCAUGAACAACCUGAAGGUGGAAAAUGAGAGCCUGAACUGGAAGGUUGGCGGGCCGGCCCUGAUAAACCUGGAGCACCCUCACCUGAAAGCAGGCAAGGACAGCAGUGUGGCCGAUGACAUCUACAACAAGGUCCGCAUUCUGUGCUGGGUCAUGACGUGUCCUUCAAACCUCGAGAAGAAAGCACGCCACAUUAAAGCCACCUGGAGCCGCCACUGCAAUACGGUGAUCUUUAUGAGCUCCAUUGAUAACCCCAGCUUCCCCACUAUAGGCCUGAACGUCACGGAGGGGCGCGACCAGCUCUACUGGAAGACCAUCCGUGCCUUGCAUUAUCUGGAGCAACACCACCUUAACGAGGCUGACUGGUUCCUCAAGGCGGACGACGAUACCUUUGUCAUUGUGGAAAACCUGCGGUGGAUUCUCGCCAACUACACCCCCGAAGUGCCCAUCUACUUUGGCAGGCGCUUCCGGCCCUUCAUCAGGCAGGGCUACAUGAGUGGCGGCGCCGGAUAUGUCCUCAGCAAGGGGGCCCUGCAGCGCUUCGUGGAAGGCUUCCGCACCAACGUGUGCUCCCACACCAGCUCUGUGGAGGACGUGGCACUGGGGCAGUGUAUGGAGAAGAUGGGCGUGCAGGCUGGUGACUCACGUGACUCCCUGCUUCGGGAGACCUUUCAUCCUGUUGUCCCCGAAAUACUCCUCGCCGGCAAGUUCACUCGAUCCCUCAUGUACCGGAUCUACUGCUACUACCCCACUGUGGAGGGUCCCCAGUGCUGCUCUGACCUCGCUGUCUCCUUUCAUUACGUGAGUGCUGAGCUCAUGUACAUCCUGGAGUACUACACCCACCACCUGCGGGCAUACGGCUACCAGUAUCGCUACAACCCCAGACUUCCAGACAACUACACUAGGCUUCUAGCCCACUAGGACAGAGCAGGAGUCUGGCAGGAACAGCUCAGUGGAUACCCAGCCGGAGAAGAGGCAGCUCUGCUGGCCAGAACCUGUUUGGCUGUUUAUUUGUCUUGACAGCCGGACGUGUUGAGUAUUGAGGGAAGGAGAACUCUCUGAAGUUAAAAAUAAUGAUUGGGGGGUGGUGGGGGGUCUGUAAAGCAAUGCCAAUCAAAAUCCACUCUUUUGAACUUGAGCUACGGUACCGAAGAAACCAGGGGUCCCCAGCCUGGCAUGUCCACCUAAACCAAAGAGAGUGCCAGCGUGACGGGAAGAACUGGCUUGUAUUCAAUUGCUACUUUUAAUGUCACAGACUUAGCCUGCGUGAAUACCUGCUCCCUGAGCCAGCCCUGGGUCCAUCCCUAUUAGGAGUGCACCUGUGUUUUUGGGAAUAUCCUGUAGCAGCAGGUAGUGACGCUAAAGGAAUGUUUCACCAAAUCCCAAUUAUCUUAUGAAUGGCAGGUAUCUCCCUUUGGUACCACUUGCAGCCCUUGUUGGGCAAUGUUUGCUCACCGGUGACAUGUAAUGAACAACACUGAACCAGGGGAUGAGAUCCGAUCCUUAGUAGAAAAGAGUUUUUAAUGUAUAUGGACAACCAUUUUCAUAGUUUACCAUCAACCCCGGAGGCAAAGCAACUAAUAGACAAACUAAGAGAUCUUCUUUCAAAUGGUUGGAUUUGACCUUUGUCAAUGGGCUAGUAAUUUCCCCAAGAUACUAGAACAUCAGCCGCAAGAAGCUCAUUCAAUAAGCCCAGAAGUCUGACUGUCCCAGGAUAGAUCAGAUUCCAAAGAAUCCACUUUAGUCUUGAAGUGACACCAUUCCUCAGACAAUUUCAGGUGCAAGUCUCAUCCAGUGCAGAAGACUACUGUCAAUACAAAGUAUGCGCCAGUCAAUAUGAUCCUUUGGGGUAUAUUCUUGCAUUCACCAUACAUGGCCAAGUCCUGGUUCAGAAACUGGGGCAUAAACAAAGAGACUGGGAUGACCCCAUGUUGCCUGAAGAUCGAUUAAGAGCCUGGAAUGAUUGGGAGGGAGAACUUCACCCUCUGACUAUCUUUAGUAUCCCAAGAUGUGAUGUGCCCGCUGAUAUGGACUUGUUUUCCAUUACCAGACAGAUUCACAUAUCCUGUGAUGCCUCUGAACAAACUUAUGGGUCCGUUUCCUACCCAAGAACGGAAGACAACGAUGACAAUAUUCAUCUCUAUCUAUCUAUCUAUCUAUCUAUCUAUCUAUCUAUCUUACGUACCUUCAUUUUGGCCAGGUCUACAGCUGCACCAAAGCUUUGGCAAACCAUACCAAGACUAGAGCUAAGUGCUGUCUUACGUGGAGCACACCUUAGCUAAACUCCUAGAAAAUGAGCUGACUUGAACAAUCACCCAAGUGGUUCUUGUUGUGGUGUACAAAAUCUGUACAUUUUGCUGCAUAUUCUCAUUAUUUUUUGUUCAAGACAAAACAACAGAGGAACUUAAAUAAUUUAAUGGACAGUUAACAUCAAAAGCAAUCUGUUUUCCUGAAUCAUAGUACCAUUUUUAUUUGAUCUGCACAGGAAUUCAGGAGACCCUCAUACUGUAUUGAUGAUUUUAUCACCUGUGAAGGGAAAGGCACCAGGACUAAAUUAGUGUAUAGCUUGGGAAAGGAAGACAUGCUGUGGUUCAAACUGUAUGCGAUUUACAACCUGUGAACAGAAGGAGAUGCCAUGGAACUGGAAAUUAUAACUUGAGACAGGAGAUUGUUUAAAACAUUAGGAAGGUUAUUGCUUGGAAAAAACGGACGUGCUCAAAUAGAUGAGUUCGAGCAAAUUCAUUCAUCAUAUUUUUUUUUUCUUUAACAUUUUAUUGAUUUUAUUAAAAUCAAAUAACAUUCCAUACA